GGGUGAAUAGGCAUCUCUGACAUAGGUCACGAUAGCGGAUUCUGGUUGCUUGCUUGUGAAUCAUUGCAAUUCAGCUCUCCGCCCUAGCUGAGACUUCAGCGAAAGUUGCAAGCCGCCCUUGCUAAUUUCGGCACCUUCACGUAUUAUAGAAGUACAGAUGGCUGUGUUAGGCACUGGCCGCUGCUCCCUUCCCUCUCGGCAGAGGCUAUCGGUCGUCGCAGCGCAUAAAGCACGGAGCUUGAAGCAGGUUGCUGUGUCACGGACUCUAAUUGCUAAGAAAGAUCAUGAAGCUCAGGUGGCGAGCAUAGCUGGAGAAAUCCUGAAAUGGUCAGAACAAGAAUGCGAAGUCGCCGGAAAGGGCAUCGUGGCGUUCGACUGUGUCCGCGACGGAUGGGAGGCCAAUACGUUCCAUUUUUGGGAGCGGUACGUAAACACUGAAGCAUUUGGAGCCCAUACCACGGCACCACGGAUGAUCGAGCUCCUGGAAAAGCUGCAGCCCCACCUGGAGAAGCCGAUUGGCAUGUCGUUGUACAGCUAUGAGGACGGCCGCAUCGGCCCCGUCGCCAUCCAAGCGGGGCCCAAAGGGGAGGGCGGCCUGGAUGACGCCACCGGAGCCAGCGGAGCGGCGGGUGGCGCAUCCUACAAGCAGACAUCGCGAGCCUUUGAUCUCACCAAGGUGGACGAGCACGCCGAGGCCCAUCGGGAGCAGCUGCUGCUGUCGUCCAUGGACCAACAGCCGGCGGCGGAUCAGCAGCCAACUGGCAAGGCAGCCGGGGAGACGGCGCCCCGCCCGCGCAGCCCGUUGCCGUCGCUUCAGGACAUUCUGGGCUUCGCGGCCGCCGUCAAGGACAGUGUUUUGGGCCCGCUGUGCAAGCUGCUGCGGCACUGA